AUGGGCAAACCACAAGAACCCGUAGCCAAAAGGACAAGUUUAGGCUGGAUGGCGGUCCGGCUGGUUGGCAAGCCUCGCGGCGACAUCCACAGCUAUCACGUUGCCAGUGCUGAGCCAGAACAACUCGAUGUUGCCUUUAAGCAGUUUUGGGAUAGCGAGUCGUUUGGGACUAAGACAACGAACUUGCCACACUACUCCAAUGAUGAUCAACGAGCCUUGGAUAUACUGGAACACGAGACUAGGAAGUUGGAGACCGGUUACGAGGUCCUCUUGUUAUGGAAAGAAAACGAACCACAGCUUCAAAACAAUCGAGAAGUCGCGCAAAAGAGAUUGGAAGGCUUGCAACGACGAUUUGAGCGAGACCCAGAGUACGAGAAAGAUUAUCGCAAAGCUGUCAGCAAGUAUGUAGAAGACGGAUAUGCGCACAAAGUCGGUGAAGAAGACGACUUCAAUGGACCAAAUCAGUGGUAUCUCCCUCAUCAUGGAGUAUAUAAGAAAUCAUCCGCCGAGAAGAAGAUCCGAGUAGUCUUUGAUGCCUCAGCUAAGUACAGAGGCAAAUGUUUGAACGAUGCUUUACUCCCAAGACCUGUUCUACAGAAUGAACUUCAACAAGUCCUCACAAAGUUCCGGGAAGGUGAUGUUGCAUUCGGAGCCGAUAUCGAAGCAAUGUUCAGCCGAAUUAGAUUGUGGGAACAAGAUUCUAGAUAUCAUCGCUUUCUGUGGAAGAAAAACAGUGCGAUCAUUGACACUUAUCAGAUGAACAGAUUAGCCUUGGGUGAUACCUUGUCACCAUGCGAAGCAAUUUAUGUCACUCGCCGAACUGCUAAAGAUCAUGGACAAGGACAAGAAGAUGCUGUGAGAGCUAUUAAAAAGAACUUGUACGUGGACGACUAUCUUGACUCUGCAGAGACAAAGGAACAAGCAAUCAAGAGAGGACAGCAAGUAAAGGAGAUCUUAGCAAAGGGUGAUUUACAUUUAAGGAAGUGGACUUCCAGCAUCGCGGAAGUAGUAUCUGAGCUCGGACAGGAAACGAAACCUGAAGUUGACAUUGUGACCAACGUUGUCGAACAUGAACCUGAAAAGAAAAUUCUCGGUGUAAAAUGGAACACUGAAACUGACGAACUUACAUUUGCAGUUGCACCGGUUGAAGAUGUAAGAUACACCCGAAGAGGCCUCCUGAGCAAGUUGGCCGGCGUGUUCGAACCCCUUGGGUUAGCUUCGCCAUUCAUUAUCAAAGCAAAGAUCCUAACACAACAGUUGUGCCUACUAGGUCUCGAUUGGGAUGACCCCAUUCCUAAUUCCCACCUGACGAAGUGGAAAGCUUGGUUAAGAAGGCUGCCAGAGUUAGAGCUAGUAAGUGUACCACGAUGUAUACAGCCAAAGAAGAAAAACGUGAUUGAGUCAGAGAUCCAUACGUUCUGUGCUGCCUCGGAGGAAGCUUUCGCGGCCGUGGUCUAUUUGAGAAGCAUUUACGACGAUGGCGACGUACGGUGCUCCUUCCUGAUAGCCAGACGAAAGUAGCGCCGAAGAAAGCUUUAAGUGUAGCAAGUCUUGAACUGCAAGCUGCCCUUCUAGGUGCUCGCCUAGCGAGUUAUGUUAAAGAAGCAAUGACACGACACAUUGACCGCGUUUUCUUUUGGACGGACAGUAAAUGUGUUAUUGGUUGGAUACGAUCUACUGCAGUUUGGUAUAAGCCGUUUGUCGCUCACCGAGUUGGCGAAAUCCAAACGUUGACAGACCCAAAGUCCUGCCGCCACGUACCUGGCCGACUGAAUGUAAGUGACUGUGCCACCCGUUCGAGAUUUGAUGAGCGGUCGGAAUUAAUUCCCGUGCGUUGGUUCACUGUCCCUGAUUUCCUUUAUCGAGGUGAAGAUAACUGGCCAAAGGAAAUGUCUGUCGAAGAGUUACAGCAACACGAAGAAAUCAAACCAAGCAAAAUAUUCGUUGCCAAAUCCAACCCAGAGUGUGUUCCAGUCUAUGCUGACAUCGAUUUGGAGCGAUUUUCGUCAUUGUCGAAAGCACAGCGAGUAGCAGCGUUAGUUCAUCGUUUCUUCAAUGUAUGUAAAGGAAAGAAACCAGAGAGUAGUGUCGUAACCGUACAAGAUUCCCCGACGAGCUCCAAUCCUUGGAAAGAACGAAAAGUGUCAGCAAGCGAUCCAAACUGUUGCCCUUUACCCCCUACCUGGACGAAAAUAACGUAA